AGGAAGAGUAGGAAAAGUAGUCUACACGAAAGGGAGUCAAUUUAGCCUACAAUUUCUCGGAGAAAUUCCGCGACUGUUCUGCUGGACACAUGCACGAUAUAUAAUACUUAGUUGUUUGGAAGAUGACACGUUUUUUCGAGUUGGACAGGUACAGUAGUACUACAUUUAUAAAUUGUUUUUAAUGACGUUUUGUUUAGAACUAUAGUGGUCGUGGACCGUGGGAGUGCGACGCUCACAUUCCUUUCUAAUCCAUUUAUAAACGGUGAAGUUUUCAAGAGGUGCACCCACAGUGAGUAGGCUAUUGUUUUGUUGAAAUUAUGAACAUAAAACACGAAUCUGUGAUAAAUUGAGUUGCUACAAAUACUGCAUCGAUACACUUAUUCAUAGUUUUGUCUCUACAACGUUGUCUUUGCAAAUUCUAGGCUAGCUAACAAUUUGAGAUCUCAUAGCCUACAGCAAACUAGGCGUAUUUACCAUACAUGCAUUAUUACUUUUUAAAAGUGUAUAGUCAUUGUGUGAUAGGCAGACAUUAAACACACAUGUUCGGGUGAUGCUUGGCCGCAAUGCAAGUCGUUUUUCCCUCAAGGCUAUACAUGCGUCUGUAAAGUAGCCUACUCGGUUUAUUACAUAGUCCGGUGUAGCUCAGUUGGUAGAGCAUGGCGUUUGCAACGCCAGGGUUGUGGGUUCGUUUCCUACGGCAGACCAGUAUGGGAAAAAAAGAAUGUAUGCACUCACUAACUGUAAGUCGCUCUGGAUAAGAGCGUCUGCUAAAUGACUCAAAUGUAAAAUAAACUGUUAUAAAUGCAGUUCGCAGAUUUGUGUUGGAGGUAUGUAGAGUACAUUUUACAUUUUACAUUUUAGUCAUUUAGCAGACGCUCUUAUCCAGAGCGACUUACAUAUUUUUUAUUUAUUUUAUACUGGCCCCCUGUGGGAAUCGAACCCACAACCCUGGCGUUGCAAACACCAUGCUCUAUCAACUGAGCUACAUCCCUGCCGGCCAUUCCCUCCCCUACCCUGGACGACGCUGGGCCAAUUGUGCGCCGCCCAUGAGUCUCCCGGUCGCGGCCGGCUGCGACAGAGCCUGGAUUCGAACCAGGAUCUAGUGGCACAGUUUUGCACUGCGAUGCAGUGCCUUAGACCACUGCGCCACUCAGGAGUAGGCGUGAGUCAUGGGUUGAUUGCCUUGUUAUUCCGUUGGGAACUGGCACGGUUAAAGUGCCAAUAUGUAACUUUUUGGGCGACCCGAGCAAAUUUACAUAGAACUGUGAGUUAUAGAUCUAUCAUUCUACUUGAAAGCAAGUCUAAGAAGCGGUAGAACUGUUCUAUGUCGUAAUUCUAUACUUACCAUUCUUACGUUUUGUUUUUGCAUCUUUUACUUUCGGUUUCAAACAGCUGAAACAACAAUAUUUUUGGUUAUAGAAAAUAUACUUCACAGCGGUUUAAAUGGUACAAUAAUAAUUCUCUACACUAUCCUAGAUUUUUCUAGUCACAAACUGAAAUUAGGCGAAUUAUUGGCGUUUUAGCAACCAGGAAAUGGCGGAGCGAUUUCUGCAUAGUGCGACCACAGAUAGAACAAUGACACAGAUAUUUCACCGGAUGUAUAAAUGUGAAGCAUCCGCUUGGCGUUUCCACUCACAAAUAUGGUAGUGAGAGGAAGCCCAGUGGCCGGCAGUGGGAGAAGAUGGAAGGAGAUUAAUUUUGCCCGACAUUCUGCAAAUGUUCUCAUCAAUGAAACAUUUGAUAUCAGUACAGUUUUCUGUUCCCAAAACUAGAAUCUGCUAUGAACAGAGUGGACUACGUUUUGUAGACUUUACCCUUUGCCAAAGUUUAAAAAAAUCGCGAUGUUUAGAAGGAGUACAAAGGCGAAUUGAGUUAUUGCACACAUGCAUUUUACACAGUAGGCAUUCCCUAACGGAAAUAUGCAGAUGCAUGCUAGGACGGGCCAAUAGGAUCUCAAAUUAAAUAUUUUCACAUAACAUGGAAACAUAUGUAAAUAGGCUGGUCAUCUAGGUUUGUACCAGUAGACUUUCCAUCACCAUGAAGAAAAACAAUCCAUAGUACAGUAAUUGAGUACAUUGAGACAUCGAGUGGCUUGUGAUGGAUGAUGUAGCUCAGUUGGUAGAGCCAUGGUGCUUGCAAUGCUAGGGUUGUGGGUUCGAUUCCCAUGGGGGGGACCAGUAUGAAAAUGUAUGUACUCAAUACUCUAAGUUGCUCUGGAUAAGAGUGUCUACUACCAUUAUUGGUCGCUCAAAAUGACGGGUGUUGUAGAAAACAAAGUCAUCUCUAACCAAUCAGAGUAUCAAAGCCAAUUACACAUUUUCCAAACGCUGCUUUACCCACGUGUGUUCUGGCUCUGGCCCAACCUAUUGGUUUCUGGGACCUAUCAGAACGGUUAGAAUGUGUUUGUUCUAGAAAUCGUUGGGGAGGUACUCCGAUGGGCAGUGCUAUCUGGGAUCCUUGGGACAUACACUACCGGUCAAAAAAAAGUUUUAGAACACCUGGUCAUUCAAGGGUUUUUCUUUAUUUUUACUAUUUUCUACAUUGUAGAAUAAUAGUGAAGACAUCAAAACUAUGAAAUAACACAUGGAAUCAUGUAGUAACCAAAAUUGUGUUAAACAAAUCAAAAUAUUUGAGAUUCUUCUUUGCCUUGAUGACCGCUUUGCACACUUGACAUUCUCUCAACCAGCUUCAUGAGGUAGUCACCUGGAAUGCAUUUCAAUUAAAAGGUGUGCCUUCUUAAAAGUUAAUUUGUGGAAUUUCUUUCAUUUUUUAAAUGCGUUUGAGCCAAUCAGUUGUGUUGUGACAAGGUGGGGGGGUAUACAGAAGAGAGCCCUAUUUGGUAAAAGACCAAGUCCAUAUUAUAGCAAGAACAGCUCAAAUAACCAAAGAGAAACAACAGUCCGUUACUUUAAGACAUGAAGGUCAGUCAAUACGGAACAACGCUAUGAUGAAACUGGCUGUCAUAAGGACCGCCACAGGAAUGGAAGACCCAGAGUUACCUCUGCUGCAGAGGAUAAGUUACCAGCCUUAGAAAUUGCAGCCCAAAUAAAUGCUUCAGAGUUCAAGUAACAGACACAUCUCAACAUCAACUGUUCAGAGGAGACUGCGUGAAUCAGGCCUUCAUGGUCGAAUUGCUGCAAAGAAACCACUACUAAAGGACGCCAAUAAGAAGAAGAGACUUGCUUGGGCCAAGAAACACGAGCAAUGGACAUUAGACCGGUGGAAAUCUGUCCUUUGGUCUGGAGUUCAAAUUUGAGAUUUUUGGUUCCAACCGCCGUGUCUUUGUGAGACGCGGUGUGAGUGAACGGAUAAUCUCCGCAUGUGUAGUUCCCACCGUAAAGCAUGGAGGAGGAGGUGUUAUGGUGUGGGGGUGCUUUGCUGGUGACACUGUCUGUGAUUUAUUUAGAAUUCAAGGCACACUUAACCAGCAUGGCUACCACAGCAUUCUGCAGCGAUACGCCAUCUCAUCUGGUUUGCGCUUAGUGGGACUAUCAUUUGUUUUUCAACAGGACAAUGACCCAACACACCUCCAGGCUGUGUAAGGGCUAUUUGACCAAGAAGGAGAGUGAUGGAGUGCUGCAUUAGAUGACCUGGCCUCCACAAUCCCCCGACCUCAACCAAAUUGAGAUGGUUUGAGAUGAGUCGGACCGCAGAGUGAAGGAAAAACAGCCAACAAGUGCUUAGCAUAUUUGGGAACUCCUUCAAGACUAUUGGAAAAGCAUUACAGGUGAAGCUGGUUGAGAGAAUGCCAAGAGUGUACAAAGCUGUCAUCAAGGCAAAAGGUGGCUACUUUGAAGAAUCUCAAAUAUAAAAUAUAUUUUGAUUUGUUUAACACUUGUUUUUGGGUACUACAUGAUUCCAUAUGUGUUAUUUCAUAGUUUUGAUAUCUUCACUAUUAUUCUACAAUGUAGAAAAUAGUAAAAAUAAAGAAAAACCUUUGAAUGACUAGGUGUUCUUAGUGUACCUACCCUACCCUAACUUUAACCCUUAAUGAACCCCAUCGUUAACCCCCUAACCUUAACCAUUUUACACUGAACAAAAAUAUAUACAUUUUCUAUACCCUCAAAAAUCUGAUUUCUCUCAAAUUUUGUGCAGUAAUUUGUUUAAAUCCCUGUUAGUGAGCAUUUCUCCUUUGCCAAGAUAAUCCAUCCACCUGACAGGUGUGGCAUAUCAAGAAGCUGAUUUAAACAGCAUGAUCAUUACACAGGCGCAUCUUGUGCUGGGGACAAUAAAAGGCCACUCUAAAAUGUGCAGUUUUGUCACAAUGCCACAGAUGUCUGAUGUUUUGAGGGAGUGUGCAAUUGGCAUGCUGACUGCAGGAAUGUCCACCAGAGCUGUUGCCAGAUAAUUUAAUGUUCAUUUCUCUACCAUAAGCCACCUCCAACGUCGUUUUAGAGAAUGUGGCAGUACGUCCAACCGCAAACCACAUAUAACCACACCAGCCCAGGACCUCCACAUCCGGCUUCUUCACCUGUGGGAUCGUCUGAGAUGAGCAACUCGGGCAGCUGAUGAAACUGUGGGUUUGCACAACCAAAACAUUUCUGCACAAACUGUCAGAAACCGUCUAAGGGAAGCUCAUCUGCGGGCUUGUCGUCCUCAUCAGGCUUGACCUGACUGCAGUUCACCUCAUGUUUCAGCGUGAUAAUGCACGGCCCCAUGGGGCAAUGAUCUGUACACAAUUCCUGGAAGCUGAACAUUUCCAAGUUCCUCCAUAGCCUGCAUACUCACCAGACAUGUCACCCAUUGAGCAUGUUUGGGAUGCUCUGGAUCAAUGUGUACGACCACGUGUUCCAGUUCCCGCCAAUAUCCAGCAACUUCACACAGUCAUAGAAGAGGAGUGGGACAACAUUCCACAGGCCACAAUCAACAGCCUGAUCAACUCUAUACGAAGGAGAUGUGUCGCGCUACAUGAGGCAAAUGGGGGUCACACCAGAUACUGACUGAUUUUCUGAUCUACGCCCCUACCUUUUUUUAAAGGUACAGUGCAUUCGUUAAUUAUUCAGACCCCUUCCCUUUUUCCACAUUUUGUUACGUUACAGCCUUAUUCUAAAAUUAAAUGCAUUUUUUUCCUCAAUCUACACACACUACACCAUAAUGACAAAGCAAAAACAGGUUUUUAGAAUUUUUUUGCAAAUGUAUUAGACAUGAAAAACAUUACAUAUUUACAUAAGUAUUCAGACACUUUGCUAUGAGACUGAAUUAAGCUCAGGUGCAUCCUGUUUCCAUUGGUCAUCCUUGAUGUUUCCACAACUUGAUUGGAGUCCACCUGUGGUAAAUUCAAUUGAUUGGACAUGAUUUGGAAAGGCACACACCUGUCUAUAUAAGGUCCCACAGUUGACAGUGCAUGUCAGAGCAAAAAAAAGCCAUGAGCUCGAAGGAAUUUUCCAUAGAGCUCCGAGACAGGAUUGUGUUGAGGCACAUAUCUUGGGAAGGGUACCAAAACAUUUCUGCAGCUUUGAAGGUCCCCAAGAAGACAGUGGCCUCCAUCAUUCUUAAAUCAAAUAAGUUUGGAACCACCAAGACUCUUCCUAGAGCUGGCCGCCCGGCCAAACUGCGCGAUCAGGGGAGAAGGGCCUUGGUCAGGGAGGUGACCAAGAACCCGAUGGUCACUCUGACAGAGCUCCAGAGAUCCUCUGUGGAGAUGGGAGAACCUUCCAGAAGGAAAACCAUCUCUGCAGCACCUCACCAAUCAGGCCUUUUGGUAGAGUGACCAGACGGAAGCCACUCCUCAGUAAAAGGUACAUGACAGCCCACUUGGAGUUUGCCUAAAGGACUCUCAGACCUUGAGAAGCAAGAUUCUCUGGUCUGAUGAAACCAAUAUUGAACUUUUUGGCCUGAAUGCCAAGCGUCACGUCUGGAGGAAACCUGGCACCAUCCCUACGGUGAAGCAUGGUGGUGGCAGCAUCAUGCUGUAGGGAUAUUUUUCAGCGGCAGGGACUGGGAGACUAGUCAGGAUCAAGGGAAAGAUUAACGGAGCAAAGUACAGAGAGAUCCGUGAUGAAAACCUGCUCCAGAGCGCUCAGGACCUCCGACUGGGGCGAAGGUUCACCUUCCAACAGGACAACGACCCUAAGCACACAGCCAAGACGACUACGCAGGAAUGGCUUCGGGACACGUCUCUGAAUGUCCUUGAGUGGCCCAGCCAGAGCCCGGACUUGAACCCGAUUGAACAUCUCUGGAGAGACCUGAAAAUAGCUGUGCAGCGACGCUCCCCAUCCAACCUGACAGAGCUUGAGAGGAUCUGCAGAGAAGAAUCUGAGAAACUCCCCAAAUACAGGUGUGCCAAGCUUGUAGCGUCAUUCCCAAGAAGACUCAAGGCUGUAAUCGCUGCCAGAGUUGCUUCCACAAAGUACUGAGUAAAGGAUCUGAAUACUUAUGUAAAUGUAAUAUUUCUGUUUAAAAUUUUUAAUUAUUAUAAAUUAGCAAACAUUUCAAAACUUGUUUUCGCUUAAUCAUUAUGGGGUAUUGUGUGUAGAUUGAUAAGGAAAAAACUAACAAUUUUAAUCCAUUUUAGAAUAAGGCUGUAAUGUAACAAAAUGUGGAAAAAGUCAAGGGGUCUGAAUACUUUCCGAAUGCACUUUAUGAACUGUAACUCAGUAAAGUUUUUAAUGGUUGUGUUUUUAUAUUUUUGUUCAGUGUACAUUCAAUGUGGUAGGGACGUCCCAAGGAUCCCGGAUAGUAAGGGCCGUACUCGGAUCCAGACUCAUUGUGUAGAAGCAACUAACGUCCGUGGGAGUGACGUAGCGUUUGGCCAGAGCAAGUAGUUUGGGUAGCCAGGCAACAUCGGUUGGCUAGUUGUCUGGCAUUUGAGCUGAAAAUUCAAAGCAAAACAUUCACAUUGAGUAUCUAUUUCCACCCCUAAUUACCACAUUCCAUGGUGUUUGUCUUUGUUGAAACAUUAAUGCCAAAGUGAAACAAAUGUUUAUUUUUAUAGUUACAUUCAAUUGCAAAAUUUAAAUCCCCUACUUGGUUCAAGUUGACAUCCUGUAGUUGUCCCAACAGUCUCUAUGCUGCUAUGGUAGCCUGUUGCUGAUGCUGCAGAGAUAACCGAGCUCUCAGGCAGGCAGACAUUGAACCACCGGGACCAGGGCAGGACCAGGGAUGACCAACAGACAGUCAGACGGCUCCAUGGGCGACCAGACCUCCCUCCUGCUGGAGCGACGCUUCUCUUCCGACCUGCAGCUGGACUGCGACUCGAUGGACAACCACCACGGCCAACCGCAGGGCUCACCCACGUCCCAGGCCGAGCCCUCGUUGGCCGAAGUCUCCAAGGGGCGGAUGCCAGUGGUCCUGAGCACUCAGAGUGCUGCGGCACGGAAGCUGGGCACCCAGCAGCUCAUCCCCAAGAGCCUGGCGGUGGCCAGUCGGCCAAAUAAGCCCCGCCACCACACCACCGUGGUCACCUUCCCCUUGGGUCUGGAGGCCGCCUCCACCACCUCCUCCUCCAGGAGCCGUCACUCCGCCAUGGGGCCUGACGUGUCCUGGGAGGACUACGACAGCGACGGGGAUGGCGUCUCACUGAGGAGGAACCGCAGGAACCAGUCGUACCGGGUGGCGGUGACCAGCCUCGACAUAGACGCCAUGGCUGGGAACCACGGGGGCGCAAACACGCUCAUGCCCGUAAAGGAAGACAGCAGAGCCUCCAGCCCAGGGCCGGCACGCGGUCCCGGACGCAAGGCAAGUGGGAGCGAGUCGCUGGCUUAAUUCCAUCUCUAGCCCCCUGCUAUGCCCUAGGGGUAGGCAACCCUGGUCCUGGAGCGCCACAGGCACUCUGUGUUUUUGAUUGAACAUGUUUGCUUUAGACCUGGGAGACCAGGCCUGUUGAAAUUAUCACUGAAACUGGGGGGGGGGGGAUUGGUAGAAGACUACUGUGGUUCUGGAAGGGAUAGUUGUAUCAGACACCUCACUCCUCAGUUAGUGUCUAUCCAGAAACCUAGCUGUCUUGAGUCAUCAGUGCCAAAGUGCUGGUGAUAAGUCCCUCAGUUAGAAGCCUUUUUAGUUAGAAUGAGGUCAAAUUUCCAGGACAACUUCCCAUGCAUAAACUGUUAGUGUUGUCAGUCGAGGAAGUCCACCUGCACUAUGGUUUUAACAUGGAGCAAAACAUACUGACAAAAUUGAGAGAGAGAGAGCGCCAUGUCCUUCUAUGGAGGCCCUCUUCCCCCCUUCAUUCCUCUAAGAUAUACAGUAUGUGAUCGUAUACCAAUGUAAGCAAGGUUUGAAAUAUUAUAUAUGUUUGCAAAUUGACCGCAAGAAGCCCAGUCUACAAAUUAUUUGUAAUUAUGUUCCAGCCCCCUGACCAUCUGCUCAAUAACAAAUCAUCCUGUGGCUGAAUCUAGUUGAUGAUCCCUGCUCUAUGAUUAACUAAUGUUGUGUUUCCACCAUCUCCCUUCUAGAGAACCUUGGGGAGAAAGAGGAACCAGAAGCACGGGGGCUCAUUCAAAGACGGUACUUAUGUGUCACUCCUCCCGGCUGACAGAGCUUUGUCCCUAGAGAUGCAGAUGACUAGUCAUGCCAGUGUAUUUCUGCAUACGUUUGUGAAAGAGCAGAAACAGACACCCAGGCUAGCAGAUGACAGGAAAAUAUCAAAUGGCAAAAAACUGCUAGCAUCUGGGUUAUUCGAUUAAAAAAUGUAUAUGGCAAAGCCAGGAGAUGAACCGAAAUUCAGUUCUUAAAUCGAUAAUUGGCCAUUAUUUCUUUCAAGUGAAGAUUUCUCAAUCAUUGUCAUUUUCAAUUCACUUCCUGAAGUUCAAAUGGAAUUGGUUGACCUGUAUUCCUGGUUAGCAUGUGGCUUCGCCCUGCAACGAGCCAUUGUUUACAGACAGAUCGCUCGUUGCAGAAGCUUCCGUAGCCUGGCGUCCUUGAUCAACCAAAUCUAAACUAUUCGGUUUCACCAAAAUAAUGUUUUAACGGUACAGAGGCAUAUCCAGUAUCUUUAAGAACAAUACUUAAAAUUCGUCUGGUUGAAUGUGUCCUUCGCUAUCAAAUAAGCGUUUAAAACUUGUUUUUAUCCAGGGUAUCCCAUUUUCAGCCUGUACAAGUGGGAGAUACUAAUUUGUGACUGCGUGUUCUAAAAUGGACAACAAUGGCAGCCCACAGUUGGAAAAUGGGAAACCCUGGACAAAAACAUGUUUUAAACGCUUAUUUUAUAGCGAAGAAAAUAUUCAACCGGACUAUUUGCACCCCCCCCCACCCCCCCCGCACAUUGACUCUGUACCGGUACCCCCUGUAUAUAGCCUCACUACUGUUAUUUUACUACUGCUCUUUCAUUAUUGGUUAAGGGCUUGUAAGUAAGCAUUUCACUGUAAGGGCCACACCUGUUGUAUUCGGCGGAUGUGACAAAUAAAAUUUGAUUUGAUUUGGAAACGGUAGCCUCAAGGAGGCUACAUAGAACGCAACAGAAUAUCUCUCAGCUCUAAAUGCACUCAGCAUACCAAAUAUUUGGAAUAUCCUGCAUUUUAAUAUGCUCCAUUUUCCUCUUCAUUUUUAAUCACCAUUGGUCAUUCCAUUUCUCAUUUAAGUACGUUAACAUGCACACUAAUAAUUCGAUAUUAAACUGAUUAAGGCAGAGUAUGGUAUUAGUCAUGUAAACACCUUGAUCUGCUUAUCUUAAUCAGGGUAAGGUCAUAAUGGAAGUAAACAUAUGCCGAUUAAAGCACCUGGUUUUCUGAGCAAUCUUUUGAAUUGUUAGGAUAUGGCGCUGGAACGCUUAAUCGGUGUUCCAGCUGUGUAUUUGAUCUGUACACAUGCCAGCACCGGUAACGCAAGCCUCCCUCUUGUGCGCAAGUAAAGUGAGUUUGGAAAAACGUAUGCAUCUUAGAAUCAAACUCAGAAUCAAAUAGUCUUCGCAAAAAUAACAUGGUCACUGGUAGAACGUUUAUUUUGAUUGCCGAUUUUCUGCAUGUAUUAAAAGGCCCAUCAGUACCCUGAUUUCAGUUGUGCCCAUGUAUACAGGAAAUUGUUCUUGCAAAGCAUGUAAAUGUUUUAAACAAACUAUUAUAUUAAUCUGACUAUCUACAAUAAUUGUAUUAUCCAUGCGGAAUGUGUCAAAUUAAGUGUUCUUAAUGACAGUGAAGUGAGGACUUCAUACAUUUCCACAUUUUCCAUGUCAGUGUCACAUAACUACAAAAGCCAUUUCAACAUUGCAUGGAACAAUAAAGGUAUUCCAAUUCGAUUCUCUUGCCCGCAGAUCCUCGGCUGUACCAGGAGAUCAGGGAGCGGGGGCUGCAGCCCACCGCUAUUGCGGAGGAGGAUGACUUUGUCCAUGUGGAGCCACCCGGGGAGGACCAGGCCAUCGUGGUAAAGAGCUACAGGCCAGCGCAGGUCACCUGGAGCUCGCUACCACAGGUAAGCAGGGAGGAGCAGAGGGGUCUCCCAGGCCAGGGGGGGCUGGUAGGGGCACAGAUGUGGGGUCCGAACCCUAACAGCAGAUAUCUGUGUGACUGUGCAUCAACACCAAACUUUGGCACGGAUCAUACGCGUGAAAGAAGGCAGUAAAAGGGAUGGUUUUCUGACAUUUUAACCCAAUCUUAACUCCUCGAGGCAAGAAAACAAUUAUGUGGCUGUCUUAGAAUUUUAAUUCAAGCUCUACGGAAAGCCUUGUGUAGUAAACAAUACAUGGACUGUAUGAAAAUGUGGCCUAAAAACAUCCUAAAAUAACUCACACACUUCAAUUCAACUUAUAUUGUGACUAUCACUCGAAGAUGUGUGUUUAGACUUAAAAUUAAAGAUUUUAGGAACAGAACUGUUAUAUUUGUAUUUAUUUUAUUAUUUUUCUCCCCAAUUUCGUGAUAUCCAAUUACGAUCGUCUCAUCGCUGCAACUCCCCAACAGCCUCGGGAGAGGCAAAGGUCAAGUCAUGCAUCCUCUGAAACAACAUGACCCGCAAACCGCGCCUCUUAACACCCACCUGCUUAACCCGGAAGCCAGCCGCACCAAUGUGUCGGAGGAAAUACUGUUCAACUGACGACCAAAGUCAGCCUGCAGGCGCCCGGCCAGCCACAAGGAGUUGUUAGAGCGCGAUGAGCCAAGUAAACUCCCCCUGGCCAAACCCUCCCCUAACCCGGACGACGCUGGGCCAAUUGUGCGCCGCCCUAUGGGACUCCCGGUCAUGGCCGGUUGUGACACAGCCUGGGAUCAAACCCGGAUCUGUAGUGAUGAGUGCGAUGUAGUGCCUUAGACUGCUGCGCCACACGGGAGGCCAGGAACAGAACUGUUAUCAACAAAAGAAAUAUCGCCUAGUCCCAUGAAGACGAAUAUACUGUUUUAAAUUAAACGGUGGUAUUCUAUUUGAACCAUUUAUUUAUGAACGAAUUCAAAAGAAACUCCCCAUUUCAUUAAGAGUAUGAAUGGAAUUGAGCCUCUAACUCUGCAUAUUACAACAUUUUCAGGGCAAUUGCAUUCCCAUAUGGAUACAGUUUGCUGACUGAGUGCUCUGUCAUACUGCUUAAGCAACAUAUUACAGUUUUAUGAUGUUGUAAUGCCAAUGACUGUGUCAGUUUAUGUACUAAUCAUUUUGCUGUGAACGUCUUCCUCUAUGCCUCAGGUGAAGGAUACCGGCAUUCUUCAGAUGAUCUCUGCUGAGGAGCGGAAACGACAGGAGGUAAGGGGCUGUGUGUGUUGAGUGAGUUUACAGCAGGCUCUUUGAGAGUGCCUGCUCUGGGACUCUUUAUUGGUAGUCAGAACACACUAUUGUCUAAAUAUCAAAGUCCACCGGUACGCUCUCUGUGUGCUAAAACAGCCACACCCUCUAUUUGUUGGCCACCUUAGUCCCUCCACUCCCGCUGGCUAACCCUGUUAUAUCAAUAGCACUAUCACUCUUCUCAAAAGUCUUAGAAGCACCUAGCUGAGUUUCAAACUAGAUUUAUCAGUGAUACAUCUUCUGUAAGGUGAAUGCGUAAAGUUAUAGCUAGCUUAUGAACUAUUAGUCCAUAUAUUUGAUUGGAUUAAAGUUUCCAGGAAAGUGUCCUUUGGAACCAACAACCAUUGUAAUGUACAGGCAUGGCUCUCUAUUGCGUAUGAAUUGGACAUGGUCCAUUCAAAAUGGUAAAAGAUGUCUAACAUUUUGUUCCCAUACAAGUUGGGAACACAGUAGUAGACGUCAUUAAAAUGAAAAGUGUUCUUCAAAGUACCGUUUCACCUUUCAGCGACCUUUUGGUUUCCAAACAAGUGGCCUUUGCAUCCCAUUCACGAUAUGAUUAUCCCAUUUAAUCCUUUAUACAUCUUGCAAGGUUAUUUUACUAUAACAGUUAACCCUAGGGACGCUUCUGUGAAUGAAACAAACUGAAUGGCGAAGCAACAUUCUCUAUCAUUGCUGUUGUUUGCUAAUUAUUGUUGUUAGCAGUAUGCGUCCAGCUUUAUCUUUGAAUGCUGAUCUGCUCCAACCUGGUCCCAUGUUUCAUGAGCUGAAAUAAAAGAUCCCAGAAAUGUUCCAUAUGCACAAAAAGCUUAUUUCUCCCAAAUUUUGUGCACAAAUUUGUUUACAUCCCUGUUAGUGAGCAUUUCUCCUUUGCCAAGAUAAUCCACCCACCUGACAGUUGUCACACAACACAAUGCCACAGAUGUUUUGAGGGAGUGUGCAAUUGGCUUGUUGACUGCAGGAAUGUCCACCAGAGCUGUUGCCAGAGAAUGCAAUGUUAAUUUAUCUACCAUAAGCUGCCUCCAAUGUCCAACCGCCCUCACAACCGCAGACAGUAACCACGUCAGCCCAGGACCUCUAAAUCCGGCUUCUUCACCUGUGGGAUUGUCUGAGACCAGCUACCCGGACAGCUGAUGAAACUGUGGGUUUGCACAACCGAAUAAUUUCUGCACAAACUCAGAAACCGUCUCAGGGAAGCUCAUCUGCGUGCUCCUUGUCCUCACCAGGGUCUUGACCUGACUGCAGUUAGGCGUCGUAACCGACUUCAGUGGGCAAAUGCUCACCUUCGAUUGCCACUGGCACGCUGGAGAAGUGUGCUCUUCAUGGAUGAAUCCCAGUUUAAACUGUACCGGGCAGAUGGCAGACAGCGUGUAUGGCGUCGUGUUGGCGAGCGGUUUGCUAAAGUCAACUUUGUGAACAGGGUGCUCCAUGGUGGCGGUUAUGGUAUGGGCAGGUAUAAGCUGCGGACAACGAACACAAUUGCAUUUUAUCGAUGGCAAUUUGAAUGCACAGAGAUACCGUGAUGAGAUCCUGAGGCCCAUUGUCAUGUCAUUCAUCCGCCGCCAUCACCUCAUGUUUCAGCAUGAUAAUGCACAGCCCCAUGUCGAAAGGAUCUGUACACAAUUCCUGGAAGCUGAAAAUGUCCCAGUUCUUCCAUGGCCUGCAUACUCACCAGACAUGUCACCCAUUUAGCAUGUUUAGGAUGCUCUGGAUCGACUUGUACGACAGUGUGUUCCAGUUCCCGCCAAUAUCCAGCAACUUUGCACAGCCAUUGAAAAGGAGUGGGACAACAUUUCACAGGCCACAAUCAACAGUCUGAUCAACUCUAUGCGAAGGAGAUGUCGGGCUGCAUGAGGCAAAUGGUGGUCACACCAGAUACUGACUGGUAUUCUGAUCCACACCCCUACCUUUUUUUAAAGGUAUUUGUGAACUGAAUAUCUGUAUUCCCUGUCAUGUGAAAUCCAUAUAGUAGGGACUAAUGAAUUUCCUUUUAUGAACUGUAACUAGGGCUGUUGCAGUGACCAUAUUACCGCCACACUGGCAGUCAUGAGUCAUGACCGCAGUAAAAUUCCACGUGACUGUUGAGUCACGUAAUCUCCGUUUAUGCACUCUGGACAUGCUUUGGUAGUAACCAACUUGCUAAUGACCAUCAGGUCCUAAUGACCUGGGACUCAGGGCUCUAUUGUCCCUCUAACCACUCUGACAUCAAUGCAAAUGCAAUCAAAAAUCAAAUCUAAAACCUAUCAAAACAGUAGGCCUAUAGUACUUUUAAAACUCACCUUACAGUGAUGAUCAAUUUGAAGAAAGAACUUCAACAGCAGGUUGAAACAGUGUAAAACAUGGUUUUUGUGGAUGUUGUUUCAAAGCCAAACACAACUAAAUGGACAGCGCUUUCUAAGGUGAUGAUUAAUUCAAAACCACCAUAUGCAUAUUAGAGCUUAUACAUAGGCUUAUGAGCCGAAGCCCAAAGGAAAAACACUGAAUUUAAAAAAUGAUGAUUGUUCCGUUAUACAAUACAUAGCCUACUGCAUAUUAUGCAUGGGAGAAAAACAUAAAACAAACUGAUUUAAGAUGUCUUUGGUUCAUAAUUGGUCUAGUCUAUACUCCAAAACUAAACAAAUUAGAGUAAUCGCCGUUGAGUGUGGACUGUAUUAUUAUGCAUACUGGAUGGACUGGUUAUCUUAUGCUACGCUCCAAAAUGUCUAUCCACGAAUUUGGGAGAGAAUGUAUAUGUGAUGAGUGUGAUGGAAAGGAGUCAGGCGCAGGAGGGUAAUCACCGAAUACAGAGUUUAUUCCUUCGUAGACACACAUGCGCUCAAAUAGCGAUCAAUGAAACAGGCACAGGGGAAACUAUCAUCCCUGGCAAAUACACUGUAAUGAAUAUCCAAUAAUACAUAUGCACAGGGGAAAAUCUACCGUGGCAACACAAUGUACGAGUAGCUCCACCGAGCUACACUACUCUCACAAAUAACAAUCACCCACAAGGACAAGGGGGCAGAUGGAACACUUAUGCACAGACUAAUUAGGGGAUAGGAACCAGGUGUGUGUGAUUGACAAGACAAGACAAUUGUGAUGAUGAUUGGGGCAGCAGUGGUUAGUAAGCCGUUGACGACGAACGCCGAAACCUGCCCGAACAAGGAGGGGGGGCGGCCGAAGUCGUGACAGUACCCCCCCCCCCCCCCACCCCCCCCGCCGGAUGGCGACAGUGGAAAUCCCGCAACAGGGAGGGAUCGAGGAUAUCCCUCACCGGGACCCAGCACCGUUCCUCCGGACCAUACCCUUCCCACUCCACGAGGUACUGAAUGCCCCCCACCCGACGCCUCGAAUCCAGGAUGGAACGGACAGAGUACGCCAGGGCCCCCUCGAAGUCCAGUGGAGGUGGAGGAACCUCCCGCACCUCAGACUCCUGGAGCGGACCAACCACCACCGGCCUGAGGAGAGAUACAUGAAACGAGGGGUUAAUACGGUAAUCAGGGGGAAGUAAUAACCUAUACGUGACAUCGUUGAUUCUCCUCAGGACUUUGAACGGCCCCACAAACCGCGGGCUCAGCUUCCGGCAGGGCAGGCGGAGGGGCAGAUUCCGGGUCGAGAGCCAGACCCGAUCCCCCGGUACGAAGACCGGGGCCUCACUGCGGUGACGGUCAGCGUUGACCUUCUGACGAUGCACGUCUCCUCCGCGCGCCGAAACCAGUCAUCCACCACAGGAGCCUCGGUCUGGCUCUGGUGCCACGGUGCCAGAACCGGUUGGUAACCUAAAACACAUUGGAAUGGUGUUAGGUUAGUAGAGGAGUGGCAGAGAGAGUUCUGGGCAUAUUCUGCUAAAUGACUAAAAUGUCAAAUGUAAUGGCAAGAACACCGACCACUCCCCCGGCCGGUCCUGGCAGUAGGACCGCAGGAACCUACCCACAUCCUGAUUUACCCAUUCCACCUGCCCAUUUGACUCUGGGUGGAACCCAGAGGUCAGGCUGACCGAGACCCCCAGACGUUCCAUGAACGCCUUCUAAACCUUGGACGUGAACUGGGGACCUCGGUCGGACACUAUAUCCUCUGGCAUCCCGUAGCGCCGGAAGACGUGAGUGAACAGGGCCUCCGCAGUCUGCAGGGCCGUGGGGAGACCGGGCAGAGGAAGGAGGUGGCAGAACUUGGAGAAGCGGUCCACAAUGACCAGGAUGGUGGUGUUACCUUGGGAGAGGGGAAGAUCAGUAAAAAAUCAAUACUAAGGUGAGACCUUUGUCGUUGUGGAACUGGUAAAGGUUGUAGCUUACCCGCUGGGAGGUGCCUAGGUGCCUUACUCUGGGCGCACACCGAGCAGGAGGAGAUGUACCCCCUCAUGUCCUUAGCCAAGGUAGGCCACCAGUACUUUCCGAUCAAGCAGCGCACUGUACGACCUGGGUGACCAGAGGAGGGUGACGUGUGUGCCCAGAAGAUCAGACGAUCACGGAUAAGAUCAGACGAUCACGGAUAAGAGCAGGCACGUACCGCAGCCCAGCUGGACACUGUGGUGGAGAUGGAUCUGUGCGUAAUGCCUGCUCUAUAUCCACGUCCAUCGCCCAUACUACCGGCGCCACAAUGCGGGAGUAUGGGGGUGUUGUCUCUGGGCCUCUCCUGUGUCAUACAGCCGGGACAGUGCGUCUGCCUUCACGUUCUUCGUACCCGGAAUGUAUGACAGUGUAAAAUCAAACCGGGUGAAGAAUAGGGCCCACCUGGCCUGGCAAGGAUUCAGCCUCCUCGCUGCCCGGAUGUACUCCAGGUUACGGUGGUCCGUCCAGACGAGGAAAGGGUGUUUUGCCCCUUCGAGCCAAUGCCUCCACACGGUCAAAGCUCGGACAACAGCUCCCGAUCUCCAACAUCGUAGUUCUGCUCUGCCGGGCUGAGCUUCUUAGAGAAGAAGGCACAGGGGCGGAGCUUGGGUGGCGUGCCCGAGCGUUGGGACAGGACAGCGCCUAUCCCUACCUCGGACACAUCCACCUCCACUACGAACGGUAGUGAUGGAUCAGGGUGGACCAGUACUGGAGCUGAAGUGAACAGACCCCGCAGUCUCCUGAAGGCCAGGUCAGCCUAAGCAGAGCAGCGGAGCUGGGACGGCCCACCCUUCAACAGGGAUGUAAUGGGAGCUGCAACCUUGCAAAAGCCCCGGAUAAACCUCCGAUAGUAGUUGGCAAAGCCAAGGAGGCGCUGCACCUCCUUAACCGUGGUUGGAGUCGGCCAAUUACUCACGGCUGAAAUGCGAUCUCCCUCCAUCUCCACACCUGAGGUGGUAAUGCGGUAUCCGAGGAAGGAGAUGGACUGCUGGAAAAACAUACACUUCUCUGCCUUGGCAUAAAGGUCAUUUUCCAACAGUCGGGCCAGCACUUUGCGAAUCAGGGACACGUGCUCGGCGCGAGUAGCGGAAUACAUCAGGAUGUCAUCGAUGUAGACCACCACACCGCGAACAAGCAUGUCCCGAAACACCUCGUUCACAAAGGACUGGAAGACGGAUGGCGCAUUCAUCAAACCGUAGGGCAUCACCAGGUAUUCAUAAUGCCCCAUGGUUGUGCUGAAUGCUGUCUUUCACUCAUCCCCCUCCCGAACACGCACCAGGUUGUAUGCACUCCUGAGAUCUAGCUUAGUGAAGAAGCGCGCCCCAUGCAUUGACUCAAUUACUGAAGGAUUGAGGGGGAGAGGAUAACUAAAUCUAAUCGUCUCCUUGUUCAGUGAUCGAUAAUCAAUGCACGGGCACAGAACGCCGUCUUUCUUCUUCACAAAGAAGAAACUCGAGGAGGCGGGUGAAGUGGAGGGACGUAUAUACCCCUGGCUCAGGGACUCGGAGAUGUAUGUUUCCAUAGCCUCCGUUUCAGCCUGCGACGGGGUACACAUGACUCCUGGGAGGCACAGCGUCUACCCGAAGGUUUAUCACGCAAUCCCCCGCCCGAUGAGGUGGUAAUUUAGUCGCACUCGUCUUUGAAAACUUGUGCGCCAAAUCGAGUUAUUCGGGGGGAAUGCGCACAGUGGAGGUACCGUCUGGACUUUCCACCGUGGUUGCACCAACGGAAACAUCUAGACACCAACCCUGACACUCACGACCACCCAGUGAGAGCCCUCUGCGGCCAUGAGAAGGUGGGGUUGUGGAGUGCUAGCCAAGGGAUACCUAAUACCACAGGGAAAGCAGGAGACUCAAUAAUCGAAAAAUUACCUGCUCAUAAUGUGUCUCCUGGGUGAUCAUGGUGACUGGUAUAAUGACUUCCAUAACAAACCCAGAACCUAAUGGUCGACUAUGGAGUGCUCUGAUGGGGAGUGGAAUUGAUAGGGGAACCAAUGAAAUGCCAUGACGGCGUGAGAAUGCCCUGUCCAUAAAGUUCCCAGCUUCGCCUGAAUCGACUAGCGCCUUACACUGGGGAACUACCAUGUGAUCGGGAAAGUGGAUAGGUAGGGUACAGUGCGCAGCAGAGGGCUCUGAACAAGUGUGGGUGUUCAAUACCUGGGGUGAUGCGAGAGUGCCCUGCCUGCUGCUUCCAGGCCCAAAAUAACAUUGACUACGACGUGUGGUGUACUGUCCCUUCGUGCCACCAGAGUGGCACUGUCGCUGUCCUCCUCCGCUCUCUCGGCCGGCGGCUCCACCCAGUUCCAUCGGUUCGGGAUCCGAGUCGUCGUCCGGGGUGGAAACGGGCAGACCCCUACCAGGACGUACUCUGGCUUCCAGCAGGUUGUCCAAACGAAUGGCCAUGUCCACCAGUUUAUUGAAGGACAACAUGGUGUCCCGGCAGGCUAGCUCACGUCGGACGUCCUCCCGCAGAUGGCACCGGAAAUGGUAGAUCAGGGCCCGCUCGUUCCACCCGGACCCCGCUGCCAGAAACUCCAACGCGAAGUCCUGCGCGGUCCUCGUCCCCUGCCUCAGGUGGACCAGCUGCUCGCCCGCCUCUCGACCCUCUGGCGGGUGAUCGAAGACCGCCCGAAAGAGGCGAGCGAACUCCCCGUAGUCCUCCAACGCGGCUCCUCCUUCGUUCCACACCGCGUUGGCCCACUCCAGGGCUUUCCCACAGAGGCAGGAAACGAGGACGGACACCUUCUCCCGCUCCGAUGGCGCCGGCCUGAUGCUGGAGAAGUACAGCUCCAUUUGGAGGAGGAAUCCCUGGCACAGCGCCGCCGUCCCAUCAAACGCCCGUGGUCGGGAUAUCUGGAUCCCUCCGGGUGCUGGGGUGUAGGUGGCUGGAUCCGGUUGGCCAGCUGGUCUCGACAGAUCGGGUCCUCUCCAGGCGUUGGACGACCUGAAGAACCUGAUCCAUCGCUUCCCCCAAGCUGGCCAGCAUCGUGGAAUGCUCUUGGACCCGUGCCACGACUCCAGGCAUGCGCUCUUCUCCUGCUGACUCCAUAGCGGGUGGGUGAUUCUGUGAUGAGUGUGAUGGAAAGGAGUCAGGCGCAGGAGGGUAAUCACCGCAUACAGAGUUUAUUCCUGUGAAUAGUUAUGCACGCUCAAGUGCUGUUUUUUUUGGUGUUAUUUCUUGUUUGUUUCACACACAAAAAAAAAUGUGCAUCUUCAAAGUGGUAGGCAUGUUGUGUAAAUCAAAUGAUACAAACCCCCCAAAAAUCGAUUUGAAUUCCAGGUUGUAAGGCAACAAAACAGGAAAAAUGUAUAUUAAGUUGGUUUAUAAUACUUUUUUAAAAUGUAGAUGUUCUAAAGGCGCACAUCAGCUGCUUGUAUGUGUGGAGGCCUGUAGAUGCUAAACUUGUUUAUGUUAAUUAACGGUCAAUUACCGAGACCGGCAGGCUUUUGCAUGACAAUAACUGGCUCGCCACAGCCCUAACUGUAACUCAGUAAAAUCUUUGAAUUUGUUGCAUGUUGCAUUUUUAUAUUUUUGUUCAGUGUAGUUCACUAGUGUUCAUUGCACAAUACAGGUCUUCUGGGUUUUUUUGGGGGGGGGGGAUUCUCCCUGCCAUAUAAGGGGUGCUUUUUUCCCACUGACAUUCUCUCACGUGGUUUUGGCAGGCCAUCUUUGAGAUCAUCACCUCGGAGUAUUCGUACCUCCACAGCCUCGGCAUCCUGGUGCGCCACUUCAAAGGGAGCGCGGCGCUGCGGAAGACCAUGACUGCCACUGAGCACCACCACCUCUUCUCCAACAUCACUGUAAUCGAAGGUGUCAGCAAAAGGUACUAUAUUUCUCCGGACUCCAAUUGGAGACCGCUGGGUUAGGAUGGUCUCAGUUUGAAGGCCACGACAUUUCGAUCUGGCCUGCAGUUGGAAUAGUGAGGUUAUUUAGUGGGAAACAUUAAUCUGGCAAAUGGGGCCGUAGUUUAUAUACCUUUUAAUGGACACAUUAAUGCAGACUGUUUGCCUAAUCCAGACCGCUAUGUGCUUUAGUAGUCAACUCCUCUGAAUAUCGUUGGGGUGGCCAUACAUACUAGGGCUGGGAAUUGCCAUGGACCUCACGAUACGAUAUUCUCACAAUAUUUAGGUGCCGAUACGAAAUGUAUUGCGAUUCUCACGAUUCUAUAUGUAUUGCCGUUCAAUACUGUGAUUUUAUUGUGAUUCCAUGGUCCAAACAUAUAGCUCACCAUAUGUCUGCUGCAGAGUGAUGAGUGAGCCAUGAGAAAAUAAAAGAUACUGGAGUUUUGGUGCAGGUACAGCCAACUAACAUAUUGUCAAAGCGAUACGAUAUACAGUGGGGAGAACAAGUAUUUGAUACACUGCCGAUUUUGCAGGUUUUCCUACUUACAAAGCAUGUAGAGGUCAGUAAUUGUUAUCAUAGGUACACUUCAACUGUGAGAGACGGAAUCCCCCCCCAAAAAAUCCAGAAAAUUACAUUGUAUGAUUUUUAAGUAAUUAAUUUGCAUUUUAUUGCAUGACAUAAGUAUUUGAUACAUCAGAAAAGCAGAACUUAAUAUUUGGUACAGAAACCUUUGUUUGCAAUUACAGAGAUCAUACGUUUCCUGUAGGUCUUGACCAGGUUUGCACACACUGCAGCAGGGAUUUUGGCCCACUCCUCCAUACAGACCUUCUCCAGAUACUUCAGGUUUUGGGGCUGUCGCUGGGCAAUACGGACUUUCAGCUCCCUCCAAAGAUGUUCUAUUAGGUUCAGGUCUGGAGACUGGCUAGGCCACUCCAGGACCUUGAGAUGCUUCUUACGGAGCCACUCCUUAGUUGCCCUGGCUGUGUGUUUCGGGUCAUUGUCAUGCUGGAAGACCCAGCCACGACCCAUCUUCAAUGCUCUUACUGAGGGAAGGAGGUUGUUGGCCAAGAUCUCGCGAUACAUGGCCCCAUCCAUCCUCCCCUCAAUACGGUGCAGUCGUCCUGUCCCCUUAGCAGAAAAGCAUCCCCAAAGAAUGAUGUUUCCACCUCCAUGCUUCACGGUUGGGAUGGUGUUCUUGGGGUUGUACUCAUCAUUUUUCUUCCUUAAAACAUGGCGAGUGGAGUUUAGACCAAAAAGCUCUAUUUUUGUCUCAUCAGACCACAUGACCUUCUCCAGAUGGUCAUCCAGAUGGUCAUUGGCAAACUUCAGACGGGCCUGGACAUGCGCUGGCUUGAGCAGGGGGACCUUGUGUGCGCUGCAGGAUUUUAAUCCAUGACGGCGUAGUGUGUUACUUAUGGUUUUCUUUGAGACUGUGGUCCCAGCUCUCUUCAGGCCAUUGACCAGGUCCUGCCGUGUAGUUCUGGGCUGAUCCCUCACCUUCCUCAUAAUCAUUGAUGCCCCACGAGGUGAGAUCUUGCAUGGAGCCCCAGACCGAGGGUGAUUGACCGUCAUCUUGAACUUCUUCCAUUUUCUAAUAAUUGCGCCAACAGUUGUUGCCUUCUCACCAAGCUGCUUUCCUAUUGUCCUGUAGUCCAUCCCAGUCUUGUGCAGGUCUACAAUUUUAUCCCUGAUGUCCUUACACAGCUCUCUGGUCUUGGCCAUUGUGGAGAGGUUGGAGUCUGUUUGAUUGAGUGUGUGGACAUGUGUCUUUUAUACAGGUAACAAGUUCAAACAGGUGCAGUUAAUACAGGUAAUGAGUGGAGAACAGGAGGGCUUCUUAAAGAAAAAUUAACAGGUCUGUGAGAGCUGGAAUUCUUACUGGUUGGUAGGUGAUCAAAUACUUAUGUCAUGCAAUAAAAUGCAAAUUAAUUACUUAAAAAUCAUACAAUGUGAUUUUCUGGAUUUUUGUUUUAGAUUCUGUCUCUCACAGUUGAAGUGUACCUAUGAUAAAAAUGACAGACCUCUACAUGCUUUGUAAGUAGGAAGACCUGCAAAAUCGGCAGUGUAUCAAAUACUUCUUCUCCCCACAGUAUAUCGUCAAAAAUAAUAUCCCGAUAUGUAACUAACGAUUUUUAUUUUUAUCACUAAUACAUAAUAGUCAGAGCUGAGCAGUUGGCUGAAGCACAUGCAUAUCUGGACUAGGCUAGCACUAGGAGAUCUCACCAUAGGCAUCAAAUUCCACAAACCGAGUAGCUGGAGGCAUUCAGAAGCGCAGGCGGAAACAACAACAACAACAACAACAUGCUCCUUGACCCUCAGCUGUAGGUUGUUGUUAGUCAGUCAAGUCAUUCAUUACUUAUGAAGGGGUUAUUCCAUGUGUGUGACUUUGAAGGUGGAAAUCUUUAUUUCAAUUAUCUUGCUCGAUCUCUGAGAAACUACAGGCCAUCUAAAGAGUGAAUUUGCAUCUUAUCUGAGGUUCAAUGAAAGCUAGCAGACCAGGCGCUUCUAGCUAGGACUAGUAACACUCACAGAUAUACCUAGAGCAAAAUGAUUGAUGUUAUCAAUGUUUUGGAAAUGCUUGUAUGGACAAACAUUGAAACAACAUCUGUGAGAAGAAAAAAUCUGUCCGUAAUCUAGUAGUUAAAUACUUUUACUAUUAUUCCCAUUUAGAUUUGGUUGUUUGCCCAGCUUAAAGGUUCACAAUGGGUUCAUUUAGGCUGCGUUUACACAGCCAGCCCAAUUCUGAUAUUUCUUUCACUAAUUGGUCCUUUGACCAAUCAGAUCAGCUCUGAAAAAGAGCUGAUGUGAAAAGAUCUGAUGUGAUUGGUCAAAAUAUCAAUUGGUGGGAUAGAAGAUAAGAAUUGGGCUGUCUGUGUAAACGCAGCCUCAGAUACAUGAGCAUGAGCAAGUCUCCUGGAAGGACUCACGGGACUUGUUUAGACACUGGCUCAACCAGUUCUACUGCCUAGUAGGUCGGGUGGUAUUCAGCAGAGCUUUAUGAUGAUAAUGUCACUGAAAGCAGGUCGUGUUCAAAGCAAGGCUACAUUGUUAUUGUUUGUUACUGCUGCUUUUUGAAUGAAAAUGGAUCUAGUCUCUGUCUGCGGCAGUUGCACAAAUUAUUAUGCGUAGCUAUGUGGCUGCCCACAGUUGAAAUUGAAUGGAAAGCGCUCAGUUGUAAUGAAACUGACAGGUGUAAUUUGUCUUGACAGGGUUUGCUCAACUAGCACCCAUUCUGACCUUCUUAUCUCCCUUCGGUGUGUGUGGGAGUGUGUGUGACAUUGCUUCCUCAGUUGAGCUGUUGUUUUGGGUGUCAGUUUACUCACGGUGUACUCACAGAGUCCCUGUAAUGGGUGGGGCUGGAAGGAAAGCUACAGUUGUAUUUUAAUUAAUGUGCACUCUGAGAUAGUGGGAGAUACAUUUUAUUACCACAGGAUGCUUUUUGAAAGUGGACAAACACAAUUCUUUUUGCACCAUUUGCUAUCUCCAAUAUCUCUUCGCCGCCCCUGGGUGCACAUAACCCCGCCCCUGGGUGCACAUUUUGUUUUUUGCUCUAGCACUGAUUUUAAAAUAACCAACUAAUCAGCAAGCUUUGAUUAUUUGAAUCAGCUGUGUAGUGCUAGGGCAAAACCCAAAACAUGCACCCAGGGGGCCCCAGGACCGAGUUUGGGAAACCCUGCAUUAAGACAUGCUAGCAGUCUCAGGUGUUGAAAUACAAAAGUCAAAGCAAUCAAAAGAUCACAAGCGCCAUUUUCAGGGCAGCACUAAGAGGUAAAUUACAACCUUUGUACAAUGCUACUGCUGGCUGCGCUUGGACAAUUCUCCACGAAACUGCCUUAGUCACUGCGGUUAUUAUUAAACGGCUGCUCAGGUACAGGGAGAGAGUGGGAGAAAGGAACAGUUAUGCAUGUGUUCUGUUCUCGACAGGUUUUUCGAGGACCUUGAAAGGCGUCACCAUGACAACGUGGUGAUCCAGGACAUCAGCGACAUAGUGCAGAACCACGCCGCCCACCACUUUUCGCCCUACAUCGUGUACUGCUCCAACGAGACCUUCCAGCAGAGGACGCUGCAGACGCUGCUGUGAGUAGGGGACAAAAAGGGCCUUGUUGAAAUACUUCAGAAAUGCUUCCUUCCUUCCAAGUACAGAUUUUGUAAGUGAUUGGAUAGGUGUACUCUCACCAAGCUAACUAAUUCAGACCUGUGAUUACAGCAAUGAAGGUUGAAAAUAAAUACGCAUUUCUGAAGUAUUCGAACAGGGCCCAUAACAGAAACCCUGAUAAAAUACUUUUAACAUGCAUCCCUUUGUCCUCCUUUCAUUGAAGUAAUCAAAUCACCAAAUCUAAAAUGGUUGGCUAAAUGAAAGCAAGGUUUUUCACUACGCAGGUUACACCAAUCCAGUCAUGUCGCAUCAGUGAUUGGGCUAAGUGUUAAAGGAUAAUGCAAUGUUGAAAUUAUUCAAACAUGACUUCUAGUGGCUUCCUUUCUUCAUCUCCUCUCCUCGUGUGUGUGUGUGUGUGUGUGUCUGUCUCUCAGAACGAGCAACACUGCCUUUAAGGAGGUGCUGAAACGGAUUGAGGGGAGCGGUGAGUCCCAAGGCCUGCCCAUGAUCUCCUUCCUCAUCCUCCCAAUGCAGAGAGUCACCCGGCUGCCGCUGCUACUAGACGUAAGUCCCUCACGAUUCCUCUGAUGGGAGUCAACAGGUGAAUCUCAAAAGUCUGUCUUGAUUCCUCGCGUCCUCUCUCCUUGCCUCCUUUUCAAAAGGUCAGGGGUAAGCUAGGAGAAAAUUGGAGGUAUUUUCCUCUGAUCUCGUCAUUUGCCUCAAAGAGAAUGGUCUGUGAGAUUCAUCCAUUGCUGAAUGGCUAUGAUACACUGCAGAGAGUCCUUGGGCGCUUCCCAAUGGAGAGAUUUUACACCAGACCAAUAACAGUCAAAGCCCUGACACUGGUAUAGGAAAGGGUUCUCCAACUCCAGUCCUGGAGAGAGCUGCUGGGUCUGCAGGCUUUUGCUCAACACCAGCCCAACACUCCUUAUUCAACUAAUUGUUUAGUUGAUUAUUUGAAACAGAUGCGUUAGUGUUGUGCCGGAAUGAAUGCCUGCACACCCUGUACCUCCACUGGACCAGCAUUGGAAACCCCUGUUGUAGAGGGAUUGGGUAUCCGUACGGCCAGGAGUUUCUCCUAUCUACGUGACCAGAAAAAAACGGAUUCUAGGCUAUUACUAUAGGGCCUAGAGGUUUUCCUUGUUCUAUUAGCUGAUCCAGCUAAUUCCCAGGAUAAACUAGUUCCGAUGUCUGGUAUCCAGGGGUUGAAAUCCGGUGGGACAAUAGUAGGUGGUUCUGUAGUAUUUGGGAGCGCCUCCCUUCCCCAACCUCAUCUAUCUCUCUCUCUCCCACCCAGACGAUCUGUCAGAAAACUCCAGACAAAUUGGCAGAGUACUUUGCUGCAGUGUGGGCCCUGAACGCCAUCAGUAAGGUAGGCCACUCCACGAACCCUGCAUGUUCAUUGUUGCGUCCGUCCUCCAACAUUUUAUAAACGUCGACUUUUUGAAAGCUUCACAGGGCCGGCAACAGACAUCCAUUUUGAUUUGUGUCAUAUUGUUCUAUACAUCUAUAAGUUAAUCGUGCAUGGUGUAUUUUUGGUAUGUUGCAGUCCGCUACAGCUGUACCCUGGUGCUGUACCAUAUGUUGCAGUACUACUACAGCUGUACCCUGGUGCUGUACCAUAUGUUGCAGUACUACUACAGCUGUACCCUGGUGCUGUACCAUAUGUUGCUGUAGCAACUCAGCCAUUUCAUGGUAACUUACAGUGCAUUCGGAAAGUAUUCAGACCCCUUAACUUUUUCCACAUUUUGUUACAUUACAGCCUUAUUCUAAAAUGGAUUAAAUAGUUUUUUCCCCCUCAUCAAUCUAUACACAAUACCCCAUAAUGACAAAGCAAAAACAUGUAUUUAGAAAUGUUUUCACAUUUAUUCAGACCCUUUACUCAGUACUUUGUUGAAGCACAUUUGGCAGCGAUUACAGCCUUGAGUCUUCUUGGGUAUGACGCUACAAGCUUGGCACACCUGUAUUUGGGGAUUUUCUCCCAUUCUUCUCUGCAUAUCCGCUCAAGCUCUGUCAGGUUGGAUGGGGAGCGUGUCCUUGGGGAGCUUCAAUGCUGUAGACAUUUUUUGGUACCCUUCCCCAGAUCUGUGCCUUGACACAAUCCUGUCUCGUAGCUCUACGGACAAUUCCUUCGGCCUGGUUGUUGCUCUGACAUGCACUGUCAACUGUAGGACCUUAUAUAUCAUGUCCAAUCAGUUGAAUUUACCACAGGUGGACUCCAUUCAAGUUGUAGAAACAUCUCAAGGAUGAUCAAUGGAAACGAUGCACCUGAGCUCAAUUUUGAGUCUCAGCAAAGGGACUGAAUACUUAUGUAAAUAAGGUAUUUAAACGUUUUUUACCUUUAAUAAAUUGGUAAACAUUUCAAAAAAACUGUUUUCGCUUUGUUAUUAUGGGGUAUUGUGUGUAGAUAGAUGAGGGAAAAAAAAUAAAAAAUCAAUUUUAGAAUAAGGCUGUAACGUAACAAAAUACUGAAUACUUUCUGAAUGUACUGUACAUUUCCUUUGCUGUGUGUUGGAUUACUGAGCAUUGCGCAACCAAAAACGAUCUGUAAAUAAAAUGUAUACAUUUUGUUACAUGUAUUCUCCUCCCAUCAGUUGGUGAAUAGCUGCAACGACGGAGCAAGACGAAUGGAGAGGACGGAACAGAUGUACACUAUUCAGAAGCAGAUGGAGUUUGGCAAGAUCAAGGUACGGCCAAGUAGACCUUCACUCACAGCACAACACUUCAAGAUUAGUAUUUGAUCCAUUUUCUUUUAAAUGUGUUGUGACAGUGUGUAAAAUCCUGUUAACACUUAAAGCUGGUAGGUAUGAUGCGUUACUACUCACUAUAAAUAUCUAUUAGCCUUUAUAAUGUCUUAUUAAAUACAUGCUUAUGACAAGUUGUAAUGCAUUAAAACCAUCAUAAUAUACAUUCCCGGCUUUAGUAAAGUGUUACCAAAAUGUUACCUUUAAAUAAACCUGAAUCUUGUCGCCUGUCCUCAGCCUUUCCCACUGGUGUCAUCGUCGCGGUGGCUGCAGAAGCGUGGGGAGCUGGCCGUCUGCACCGAGGAGCUCAGUAUCUUCUGGAAGGCCUUCAGCCACAGGAGCUACUACCUGUUUCUCUUCAACGACGUGCUCAUUGUCACCAAGAAGAAGAGGUGAGAGAGAGAGAGCCUUAGCCUCUGACAAUACCAAAAUACCAGUCUUUAUGGGCUGAGAUUCAAACCACCUUUUAAAAGUCAAGUGCAGUUUGAUGUCAGCGCAAUGUGGUUCGAUUGAAUUCUGGCCUCAUUCCAUAAAACAUUUGUCCCAAGGUGUAUUCUAGCAACAUGGCCACAUACAAUAGACAAUUCACAUUUUUAUAUAGCAGAAUACUCUAAUGCUGGUUUCGCGGUCGCAUCCAACUCAUUCAGACAUUCCAUUGAAGAGGAGUCCUCUAUCUGCUGUCCUUCAACUUAAGCCAGUGGAGACAGGUCAUGACCUCUGUGGGGUUUGAGUAGGGCCAGCUGGGAGAGGAUGGAGGGAGGGAAAGUGGAGCUGAGCAUGCCUGGGAUUCCUAAAACCCCCUUACACCAAGUCUGUUCAGCAGACUCCAGUCGACGUGUGUGUUUGCAUGCGCCUGAGUGUGAAGGCUAUAUCCAUGUCAACGCUGAGAGGAAGCGAUAUGCCAGUGUGCUGGUGUCACUUUCAAAACUGUAAGAUGGCCUUGUGACACAAUCUUCAGGUCACAAUGACUGUCUAGAAUAGCCUGGUCCCAGAUCUGUUUGUGCUUUUGCCUACUCCAUUGUCAUCGCAACUGUUGGAUCUUCCAGCAAGACAAUAACCCCAAGCACUAAUCAAAAUCCACAAAGAAAUGGUUAAUUGACCACAAAAUCAACAUUUUGCAAUGGCCACCUCAGUCUCUGGACUUGAACCCCAUUGAAAACCUGUAGUUUGAAUUGAAGAGGGCAGUCCAUAAGAGCAGAUGAAGGAUAUCAAGGAUCUGGAAAGAUUCUGUAUGGAGGAAUGUUCGAAGAUCCCUCCCAAUGUCUUAUCCAAUCUCAUAAAACCAUUUAUCCUCGCAAGAGUAUUGAAAACAGGUGGCAAUUUUGAACCAUAUGAGAUUUUUUUUGAUGACUUGUUAAACAAAAUCUCUUUCUCUGAGCAAUUGUAUUAGUAUAAAAUAAUAUAAUCCCCCCCCCCCUUUUUUUGGCAUACAAUAUAGCUCAGUUUUUGUGUUUUUUUUGCCCAUCUUUAUCAAGGGUGCCAAUAAUGAUGGACCUGAAUCUAUGUACAGGAAAUGUUACAAACACACAUAUACAUGUAAUACGUGUGUGUGUCCAGUGACGAGAGCUAUGUGGUGAUGGACUAUGCCACACUGGAGAACGUGGAGGUGGAAUCAGCGGAGGAGACUGAGGGACAGACGUCGCCACCUGCCAAGGGAGGCUGCGCCCACCUGUCUCUACGGCUGCUUAUGUCGAGGAACAGCGAGGGGAGACCGGAGCAGAUUGCGCUGGUCGCUGAGUCCAGGUGUCACUAGCUCUUAUACUCUCAUUCAGUCCAAUACAUGUCAACAACUUGUUAUAGGCAUGUGUGAGUCUUUAAUGUUUUAUGUUACCUGAAAAUUGAAUUUAGUCAGGAUCAUCAUAAGGUGGUUGCGCAUGCUUGUGACAAGACUUAAAGUGCAUUCGGAAAGUAUUCAGACCCCUUCCCUUUUUCUACAUUUUGUUACGUUACAGCCUUAUUCUAAAAUGGAUUAAAUAAAUCAUUUCCUCAUCAAUCUACACACAAUACCCCUUUUAUGGUAGAGUGGCCAGACGGAAGCCACUCCUCAGUAAAAGGCACAUGACCGCCCGCUUGGAGUUUGCCAAAAGGCACCAAAAGGAGACUCAAACCAUGAGAAACAAGAUUCUCUGGUCUGAUGAAACCAAGAUUGAACUCUUUGGCCUGAAUGCCAAGCGUCACAUCUGGAGGAAACCUGGCACCAUCCUUACGGUGAAGCAUGGUGAUGGCAGCAUCAUGCUGUGGGGAUGUUUUUCAGCAGCAAGGACUGGGAGACUAGUCAGGAUCGAGGCAAAGAUGAACGGAGCAAAGUACAGAGAGAUCCUUGAAGAAAACCUGCUCCAGAGGGCUCAGGACCUCAGACUGGGGCGAAGGUUCACCUUCCAACAGGACAACGACCCUAAGCACACAGCCAAUAUAACGCAGGAGUGGCUUCGGGACAAGUCUCUGAAUGUCCUUGAGUGUCCCAGCCAGAGCCCGGACUUGAACCUAAUCGAACAUCUCUGGAGAGACCUGAAAAUAUGUCUCCCCAUCCAACCUGACAGAGCUUGAGAGGAUCUGCAGAAAAGAAUGGGAGACUCCCCAAAUACAGGUGUGCCAAGCUUGUAGUGUCAUACCCAAGAACACUCAAGGCUGUAAUUGCUGCCAAAGGUUAUUCUACAAAGUACUGAGUGAAGGGUCUGAAUACUUAUGUAAUUGUGAUAUUUCCGUUUUUAUACAUUUGCAAAAAUUUCUAAAAAAACGUUUUUUGCUUUGUCAUUAUGGGGUAUUGUGUGUAGAUUGAGGGGGGAAAAAACAAUUAAAUCAAUUUUAGAAUAAGGCUGUAGCGUAACAAAAUGUGGAAAAAGUCAAGGGGUCUGAAUACUUUGCGAAUACACUGUAACUGCAUCAUAAUGCGUUAUUCCACAUGUUUCUAGGGAUAGUUUUAGCUUAAAAUUCGUUAACUGGUAAUUUAGCAACAACCAGAAUAUCAUGGCUAGCAUUUUUGGAGAAUGUUGUGGAAACAGAAAGUGGGGUCACCUUAUUUGGAUAGUCGAUCUAUAGAUGCUCAUACUAUCAGUUGAUAAGCAACUGCUUGCUACGGUUAGGUUUAGAAUAAGGGUUAAGGUUAAGUUCAGGGUUAGGAUAAGGGUUAAGGUUAGGGCUAGGGUUAAUAGAAAUCUUUAUUGAUAGUCUGUAGAGCAUCUUUACCGAAAGUGAAACUGAUUGUAUCAGUCUCCUCACCCGCAUUCCCCAUGCUUUGGAAUGCACCACUAACUGAUACAAUCAGUUUCUACUAACAAUGCCAUGUUCUUUAAUAAUUUGAGUGUCUGUGAUCUUUGUCUUCAUUUCAAGGGUUGACCGUGCUCGUUGGGUGAGUGCUCUCCGGGAGCACAAGCAGAUGGAGAACAGGACCAGUACAGAUGGUAGGAUUAUUAGAUGCAAUUUACCUAGAUUGAUGCUGAAUCGUCAGUGUUGGGGGAAGCUACUAUGAAAAUAUAGUUUACUAAGCUAUGCUAAAGCUGCCCUUAAGAAAAAUAUAGUUUUAACUGAAGUUACUUUGGAUCUAGUGAUCUACUUUUCAAACUACUUCAUGAAAAAUCAUAUGUAAAUCUGAAAAUAUCCUAGAUUACAAAUUGCAAAUAGAUUACUAUUGGGUCAUAUCUUAAUGUGUAAUUUAGCCUAAUUAAACACAAAUCUUUCAAGUGAGAAUUAGGCAGGUAUGAUGCCUAUAAAGGGUAUUAUUGCCCUUCUUCACCCAUAUUUUCUUUUUUUCAAAAAAGUAGUGUGUAGUUAGCUACACUGCUACAUUGCAAAUCAGUAAUUAACUACUGAAAACACUACCUAGAUAUUGAAUUUAGUUCAACUACCACCAAGCUACUGCAAAAUGUAGUUAAAUUACUAGUUGAACUAUACGUAGUUCCACUAGUCAUACACUGGAUAUUGUCCGUCUUUUGGCUAUUUACUGUAGAUAACAUAAGCAGUAUAUUUCAGUUUCAACCUUUUCUGAACUGCAGCACAACUUGAUGGAAUAAACUUUCCUGAGGCACACCUAUAUUUUCCCUCAUCAAAUUACUAGCACCUUUUGGCUCAAGUUGAAGACACUGAUGGCAUAUAUAACCACAUCUGAAAUGAUUGGCACCCUUGAUAAAGAUGAGCAAAAGCCUAUGCUAUAAAAAUAGUUGCACACUAUAUACAGUAUAUAAACUCCCAGUAAAUGUAUGGGGUAAACCAACGUUUCGACAUCACAGUGCCUUCUGCAGGGUAAUAUCAUGAAUGCUUGACUCUUUAUUUUUAAGCCUACAGUUUACUCGCAUUAGUCAGCACCUCUAACUUUUUUUGGAUGUGUGCCAGCUCAUGCUUUUCACAAAAGACUGUAAAAUCAAUCAUUCAAAUACCGAGGUAUAUUGUAUGCUAAAGAUUUGGAAAUUCUGUUAUUUUAUACUAAUACAAUUGCUCAGAGAAAAAUAUUUUGUUUAACAAUUAAUACCAAAACAAUCUCUCAGAUUGGUAUAAAAAUUGCCACCCGUUUUCAAUUCUUUGUGCACCCUCCCGUUGCGAGGAUAACGGCACUUAGAAAAAGGCUGUUUUAUGAGAUUGAAGAACACAUUGUGAGGGAUCUUAGACCAUUCCUAUGUACAUAAUCUUUCCAGAUCCAUCCUUCGGUCUUUGCUUAUGGACUGCCCUUUUCAAUUCAAACCACAAGUUUCCAAUGGGGUUCAAGUCCGGAGACUGAGUAAAAAUUUAGAUUUUUGUGGUCAAUAAAAAAGUGUGGAUUUUGAUGUUGGUCAUUGUCUUGCUGGAAGAUCCAUUUGCGGCCACGUUUAAUAUUUUUACAGUAGGUAUGAGGUUUUCUGCAUAUGCAUCCUUCUUUCGAUGCCAAAGAGCUCUAUUUCCGUCUCCAAUCUAAGUGCUAAUGCCAUUUAGCAAAAUCAAGGUGUUUACAUUUGUUGGUUAAUCUCAAUAAAGGCCUUUUUAUGGCAACCCUUCCAAAUAGACUAUUGGCAUGGAGGUUGCGUCUCAUUGUAGAUUUGGAGAUCCCAAGAUGUGAUUAAGUUCUGUAAUUCACAAACUGUGGCCUUUGGGAGGCAAAGAAAAGUCCAAAGUAUUUUCCUGAUUGUGCGUGUACAAGAAACUUGCAUCAUCUACCGGGCAAGUUUACCAACUUUUAAUUGUUGCCCUAAUAGUGGUAAGUGGUAGAUUUGUUUAUUUUUUUUACGAAGGUCAACAACCAUUUGUCUCUUGAUUUGGGAGUUUUGUCAUCCAUCACCAUGGAAAAAAGCAAAGGGAUUGUACAUGCGUGUUACCUCAUUUCUAUACCCCAGUGAAACAGGAAGCCAUGGAAGGCUACAAUAGUUCCUUAAACUGAGAUUAAUUUUAAAGUAGAAUGUUAAUCCAGGUUAAAUGUUUGAUUUUAUCAUUACAUUUACUUGUGAAACAAUCUUUCUGAGUAAUUGUUUUGAGCUCAGUAUCUGAAUUAUGUUUCUUUCAAGGGUGCCAACAAUUUCAGAUGUGACUGUAGCUACAGUAUCUGCUCGAUUCCAUUGUAAUGACAUUGGUUAACUUAUUACUAAUAAGUGGGCCUUUUUAUGGUGGUGUGUUUUAGGCCUGCCGCAGUACGAGGCCACCAAAGCCUACAUGCCCAAGGAGCCAGACGAGCUAGGUCUGCAGCAAGCAGAGGUAGUCAUCCUCCUGCAGAAAGAAGACGGUAAGUGUGGACGUAGAAAUAGUCUUGAUUUAAAACAAGCGGACCUGGUCAAAACAAGUAACAUAUCGGUAACACGUCACUUAAGGGGCAAUCUGCAGUAGCUACAUCAAUAUCUGGACCCAUUGAUUAUUUUAAGAAUAUAACUCAAAUGCCUCCUGAGCUUAGGUCAACUGUCGUACCCCAUCAGAACCCAAAAUGUAAGCUUGCUUUACUCUAAACAAAUUCAACUUAGAACAAACACGAGCCUCAAAAUGGUUCAAGCUAUAAUUUUGAUAUCAUGGUCAGUCCUUGCAUCCAUAGCUUUGAAUUUGUGGUUACAUUUCACCAACCCCAUCCCUCAGCUUUUUAGCAACCAUGGCAGGGAGUAUGCUUUGUUUCAACUUUGCUGCUUAAGGCAUAAAUAAUGCAUUAAGACUUGUAAUAUCUAUGAACCAGAGCUAUUGUAAAUCAUAUUGAGCGAGCAAAAGUGCUACCAAAAUAUCUUCCCUCCUGUCGUAGACUGGUGCCAUGGGGAGAGGAUGAGGGACGGAGAGAGAGGUUGGUUCCCUGCCAGUUGUGCCACGGAGAUCACCAACCGAAUUGCCAUGGAGAACAAUGUACAGCGUAUGAAGCGACUGCGCAAGGAGACCAACGUUUAAACAUCCCUGCCUCCAUAUCAGUAACAGACCUCACUAGCUUUGUCAGGAAGUUGUUGCCCUGUACAUUUGAAACGAGCAAUCUCGGUUGCUACAUUGUUGGAAAAUGUUAGUGCUGUAUGAAUUUAAUUGUACAACUGUACUUUGUCAGUUAUUCUGUAAAUGUUAUUUGAAACAAAUGCCAUGUGGCAUGGUGGUGGGACAACAUGUCAGUAAUGCCUUCCUCAUCAAUGUUAAGAGAAUUGUAUCAUGCCUGUGAGUGCCAAAUAAAUGAAUAUUCAAACUUGUAUACA